AAAAAAGAGAGGGAUGAAAAAAAAGAAAUCAAAAACCUUAUCGCGUAAAUUGACAAGAAGCUAAGCAGCCACGAAUGCUCGGAAAGCUUUGCCACCACCAACACCUAUAAACUCACUUCCGCUCCCAUUUUUCUAUCUUCUUCUUCUUCCCUGUUUUUCUAUCUAAAACCCCAAAGAUAGAUAGAAUCUACCAUUUUUCUGCAUUUUCAUAAUCCACUGUCACUUCAAUUUCUGAGGUAAUUUUCUUACAUUCAUUCAUACAAUUCUUUCUUUCUUUUUAUUUUUCUCAUCUUAUUGUUAGUUACUUCUGGAAGUUGGUUCAAUUUUAUCAAGUUCACUAAAACACCUAGGGUUUUAUUAAUUUAAGUGGAGUUAAUGGGGAAUUCUAUUGUUUAAAAAUCUUCAAGUGAACUCUACUUGCUAAUUUGCAGAAUUUUGAGAGUCAUUUCAGUAGGUAUUGUUCAUUGGGGUUCAUGCUGAUUCAAACCAGUAGUUGUAGUAAUUUAUAAGACAACCCCCCAAUGGCUUCUUUGGCUUCCCUAGCUAGCUUGGGAAGUGUAAGACCAAGUUCUUCUUGUUAUUUUGAAGGUUCUUCGCCAUUGGUUCGAAGGAUUUCGAUAAGUAGUAAAGGGGGUGUUAGUUUUCUUAAUUGUCCAAAUGGUCAGAAAUGGAAUUGUGCAUCAGUAUGCAAAUGUAUGGUUACAACAGCUAACUUCGUAGCGGAACAAGGGAAUUCUUCUAUUUCAUUAGAUUCUACAUUGAGAGAUGAGAAUAAUGCCACUGACCUUGUUCUUAAACCCGCUCCAAAACCUGUUUUAAAAUCUCCGCCUAGACUAGAACCACCAGUUUUAAAUGCUGCACCACCUCGGAAUUCAGUAUAUAUACCGCCUAAGAAACCUAGUGUAGAUUCGAGUAGUAACAAAUCAGAGAAUCUAGAGGAAAGAAAUAAGGUGAUUGAAUCACUUGGGGAGGUUUUGGAAAAAGCAGAAAAACUUGAGACUACUUCUACAGCAGGAAGAUCGAGUAGUAGUAGUAGUAGUACUUCUGCUGGAGUUGGUGCUAAACCUGCAGCUGGUGCUAGAACGACGGGUAGUAGACCAGUGAAUCCGGUGCCAAAUCGUAAGGCAAAAACUUUGAAGAGUGUGUGGCGAAAAGGGAAUCCUGUUGCAAGCGUGCAAAAGGUUGUGGAAUCUCCUAAAAUCACUAUAAGUGAGAAGGAGGUAGGUGCCAAGACAGAGGAGGUGGUGAAGGAAGCAAUUCAGGCAAGUACUCCUCUUAAACCCCCUCAGACUCCUCAGAGAGUUCAACCGACGCUACAAUCAAGACCCGCUGUUGCUCCCCCUUUACCUGUAAUAAAGAAACCUGCUAUUCUAAAGGACGUUGGAGCUGCUCCACGUCCACUGGUUACUGCGGAGAAAGAAACUGUCACUGCAGAGAGAGAAACUGGUUCAAAAACAAAAGAGCGAAAGCCAAUCUUGAUUGACAAGUUUGCAUCCAAGAAAGCCGCAUCAGAUCCCAUGAUGGCUCAGGCAGUUUUAGCACCUCCCAAACCUGGAAAAAACCCUGCUUCUGCAAAGUUUAAAGAUGAGCAACGUAAAAGAUCCGGUGCUCCUGUUGGAUCAAGGCGUCGUAUGAGUUCUUCUGAUAUACCUGAUGAUGACUCUUCAGAGCUAAAUCUGAAAAUCAAAGGUGCUGCAAGAAAAGGUAGAAAAUGGAGUAAAGCCAGCCGAAAGGCAGCUCGACUCCAGGCAGCAGCUGACGCAGCUCCUGUUAAGGUGGAAAUUCUUGAGGUGGAGGAGGAUGGAAUGUCGACAGAGGAGUUGUCGUUUAACUUAGCUAUCAGCGAAGGUGAAAUUCUUGGGUUUAUGUACUCUAAGGGGAUUAAACCAGAUGGAGUACAGAAAUUGGAUAGAGACAUGGUGAAGAUGGUAUGUAAAGAGUACGAGGUGGAAGUCAUUGAUGCAGCUCAUGUUGGAGUGGAAGAGAAGGCAAGGAAGAAUGAAAUUUUCGACGAGGAAGACUUGGACAAGCUAGAAGACAGGCCUCCAGUUCUUACUAUAAUGGGUCAUGUGGAUCAUGGGAAAACAACCCUUCUGGAUUAUAUUCGUAAGAGCAAGGUGACUGCAUCUGAAGCAGGUGGAAUAACACAAGGAAUUGGGGCUUAUAAAGUGCUUGUUCCCGUAGACGGCAAGCCUCAACCAUGUGUUUUCCUUGAUACACCAGGCCAUGAGGCAUUCGGGGCAAUGAGAGCACGUGGAGCAAGGGUGACAGAUAUUGCCAUCAUUGUCGUGGCUGCUGAUGAUGGGGUCCGCCCUCAAACAAAUGAGGCCAUUGCUCAUGCCAAAGCAGCUGGGGUGCCAAUUGUUGUAGCUAUUAAUAAGAUUGACAAGGAUGGAGCCAGUCCAGAGCGAGUCAUGCAAGAGCUCUCUUCAAUUGGUCUAAUGCCUGAAGAUUGGGGCGGUGAUGUCCCAAUGGUUCAGAUAAGUGCUCUUAAAGGGGAGAAUGUGGAUGAUUUGCUGGAGACUGUGAUGCUUGUUGCCGAGUUACAAGAAUUGAAGGCUAACCCUCACAGAAAUGCGAAGGGAACAGUCAUUGAGGCCGGUCUUCAUAAAUCAAAAGGACCUGUAGCUACACUUAUUGUUCAGAAAGGAACCCUCAAAAGAGGGGAUGUUAUAGUUUGCGGUGAAGCCUUUGGAAAGGCAAGGGCCUUGUUUGAUGAUAGUGGAGCUAUAGUUGACAAAGCAGGUCCUUCUACUGCUGUCCAGGUCCUUGGCUUUAGUAGUGUUCCUACUGCCGGAGAUGAAUUUGAGGUUGUUGACUCACUUGAUACUGCUCGUGAAAUGGCAGAGACACGUGCAGUAUCAUUAAGAGAUGAAAGGAUAUCAUCGAAAGCUGGUGAUGGGAUGGUUACACUUUCUUCAUUAGCUGCCGCAGUUUCAGCUGGAAAGCAAGCUGGAAUAGAUUUGCACCAGCUGAAUGUUGUGAUGAAGGUUGAUUUACAGGGUUCCAUUGAGGCCAUCAGACAAGCUCUUCAAGUGCUCCCUCAGGACAAUGUAACUUUAAAGUUUCUUCUGCAAGCAACAGGGGAUAUAAGUGCAAGUGAUGUUGAUCUUGCUGUGGCAGCUGGUAAAGCCAUUAUAAUAGGUUUCAAUGUCAAAGUGCCAAAUGCUGUCAAGAGCCAUGCAGACAACAAAGGUGUAGAGAUUCGGUUGUACAGGGUCAUUUAUGAGCUUAUCGAUGACAUGAGGAAAGCAAUGGAAGGACUUCUUGAUCCCGUUGAGGAACAAAUACCGAUCGGAGCUGCUGAAAUCCGUGCCGUCUUCAGCAGCGGCAGUGGUCGUGUUGCUGGAUGUAUGAUAACAGAUGGAAAAAUUGUGAAAGGCUGUGGAAUUCGGAUUCUUCGAAAUGGGAAAACAAUCCAUGUUGGUGUUGUUGAUUCUUUGAGACGAGUGAAGGAAGUUGUGAAAGAGGUAAAUGCCGGACUAGAGUGUGGUGUUGGGAUUGACGAUUACACUGAUUGGGAGGCAGGUGAUACCAUAGAGGCCUUUAACUCUGUUCAGAAACAACGGUCACUUGAAGAAGCAUCGUCUUCCAUGGCAGCUGCAAUUUCAAGUGAAGGUUACUAGGUUUUGAAACACAAAUACCCAAAAAACAGAGAUGGACUUGACCGGCAGCUACGAUUCUCGAUUGAAACCUGUUGUACUUUCCCGUUUUGGGUACCACAUUGGCAUAGCUUCGAAAAAAGACCCACCAGGUAUAGGAUUUUUUUUGUCAUUUUGCAUUGCCGUUAUUUAUGUAUCCCAAUCGAUGUUGAGAGAAUCAUUUGAGUGAUGCUCAAAUUUGGUCAAGUUGAUAUGUUCGCACUGCUGUAAAUAAUCUCCCCUAGUGAUGUCCAUCUUUUUUGUAAAGUCUGGAUAUUUUGAUUUGAAGUUAUUCAAAUCAAAUCUCAAACCUCACUUGUAAUAGCUAAAGAACCAUUUGGAAAAGAAUGGUACACAUGAAAGAAACAUCUGGAUAUCUUUUUGCCUA